AUGACUGAACGUACGGCGGUUGGCCUUCCAACAGGUCCCAGCUCAGGACCUCUGACGGACGCACAAUGGCAGGUCAUGAUGGCUAUUAUGGACACCAUCAUUGCUCCUUGUCCUGAGAGCGCGAUACCUGCUGGUCAGAAGAGUGCCCUACUUAACAAUUGCGAUGAUUCUACAUUUAAGGCUUUUCUCGACGAAAAGCCUUCCAACAUGCCAAUGUUUCAGGAAAUUUUGAAGCGUCUGUUGGCCAAUCUCCAUGCUGAUAAACUGUCGGCGAUUGGUACAGUAUGCUCACUUCUCGGGAAUCGAGCUGGCGUCCUUCCACUUACUGGUUACUUCACAUUGUUCUGUGAUCUGUCUAUCCAAGAUCGAACAUUAGUACUGAAUUCUUGGCAAACGAGCUCUCUAGCUACCUUCCGUGUCCUCUUUAAACAACUCUCAAUCAUUGGCAAGCACGUUUAUCUCCGAUCGAGUACUCUUUUCAACCAAGUCGUUGGCUUCCCGUCCACUCCGACAGGAUGGCACCCGGUCGAAUCCUACCCCUUCGAGUUCAUGCAGUUCAACGACUCGGAAACUCAUGUUCAACUCGAUACAGAUGUUGUCAUUGUGGGCUCUGGUUGUGGCGCAGGAGUCGUCGCAAGGACUAUGGCCAUGGCAGGUCAUCGUGUCUUAGUAGUUGACAAAGGCUAUCAUUACGAAACCUCCUCGCUGCCUCUGGAUCAAAGUGUCGGGUAUUUCCAUCUUUUCGAAGGGGGAGGUCUUGUAUCCUCUGAAGACGGGUCUAUUUCUACACUUGCAGGGUCAUGCUUUGGCGGAGGCGGAACGGUCAACUGGAGCGCGUGUUUACAGCCUCAGAACAUAGUCCGCGAUGAAUGGGCAGACCAACGAGGUCUUAGCUUCUUCAAAUCAGCCAAGUUCCAAGAACAUCUUGACUCAGUCUGUGAGCGUAUGGGCGUCAGCAACGAGCCUAUCAAUCAUAACCACGGAAAUAAUGUUUUGCUGGAGGGUGGGCGAAGACUAGGAUACAGCGCUAAACAGGUGCCUCAAAACACGGGCCAUGGCGAGCAUCUUGAUGGAUAUUGUUCUAUGGGUUGUUGGAAGGGUCAGAAGAAUGGGCCUGUCAAUGGCUGGCUACCAGAUGCUGCCAGGUGCGGAGCCAAGUUCAUAUCAGGGUUUUACGUCGACAGGGUCCUAUUUAAGAAGCGCGGUGGUAAGAAUGUCGCCUAUGGUGUGACUGGAAGUUGGAGCCCAAAAGACGGCUCGGCUACGUCAGCUAGAACGGUAACGAUCAACGCCAAGAGGGUUGUGAUUUCAGCCGGAAGUCUGUGCAGUCCUAUCAUCUUGAAGAACAGUGGGCUAAAGAACAAGCAUAUCGGACGCAACCUCCAUCUACACCCAACUUCGUUCGUGUCCGCCAUUUUUGAACAGGAGACACGGCCAUGGGAGGGCGGGAUUCUCACCUCUGUGGUUUCGAGCUUCGAUAACGUUGACGGAAAUGGCCAUGGCGUGAGGCUCGAGCGUCCUGCAAUGAUGCCUUCUAUGUGCCUCACAUGGUGUAACUGGACAUCAGGGUCUGAGUACAAAGCUACAAUAUCCAAGUACAGGCACAUGGAAGCAUACAUUGCUAUUACCCGGGAUCGUGACAGCGGCCAGGUCACAGCUGACCCUAUAAAUGGCACGCCUCGUUUAGUGUACACUCCCUCCAAGUUCGAUGCCAGCAACAACAUGAAGGGUAUGCUCGGUUUGGCCAAGAUUCUUUAUGUACAAGGUGCCUUAGAGAUACACCCAAUCCUCCCUGGUCUUGAGCCAUUUAUCCGUGAGCCAGAGAGUUUGACGAAUGGUGCCGACAACUCUUUGGGAGUCACAGAUGCAAAGUUUUCACAAUGGUUGAAGAAGAUGGAAGCUCAUGGGAACAAGACACCAGAUACGCCUUAUGGAUCUGCUCAUCAAAUGGGCACGUGUCGAAUGAGCACCAAGGAAUCUGACGGUGUUGUGGACGAAUUUGGAAGAGUCUGGGGCUGUGAGAAUCUAAUUGUUGCGGAUGCAAGUGUCUUUCCCAGUGCGAGUGGUGUUAACCCGAUGGUCACCACCAUGGCGAUCUCUGAACACAUUGCCAUGGCCAUGGCCGAGGAGUUGGCUCGGGAUACCCAGGAGCGCCCUAGGCUGUAG